AUGUUUCAUUUAUUGGCAUUAUCAUCAUUGUCUACAAUGCUUUGGUAUCUUCUUGGUGCUCCAUUCUGUUGGACAUCGAAAGAUCUUGGUCAAUUUUCUGCAGUAUCAUUGAUUGCUACGGCUAUUUUUAAUGUACUAGGCAUGAAAAUAUUGAAUUAUAUUGGAGCAAACGAUGCUAUAAUAUGUAUUCUUAGUCAUAUUUGUUUCGGUAUUUAUUCAUUAUGGAUUUCAUUAGCUCAAUAUGGUUGGCAAUUAUAUCUAGCAUUAUUAAUUAAUCCAUUUACGAGUUAUCAAAGUGUAUUGACAAUACCAAUGAUAUCUAAAUGGUUAGAAGUUCAUGAACGUAAUAAUGUUUUUACAUUAGUAACAGAAAUAAAUACAAUUAUUGUAGCUUUUGGAGGUUCAUUAUUCAAUUGGAUCUAUGCUCGAACAGUAACUUAUCAAAAAAAUUUUACAUUAUUAUUGGCUAGUGGAAUUUGUAUUAUACCUUGUAUUCUCAAUAUAUGUCUUUUCAUGAUUAGUCGACGAAUUUCCAAUGAACAAGAAUUGACUCUUAUAUCAGAAAUAAAUGCAGAACCAACAACUUUGCUACUAUCGAAUAAUAUACCUCCGCAGGCUGUUGAUAUAACUUGUUUAAUUCAACUACCUCGUUCACGUACUCAUUCUCUCUGUACAUUACACAACGAUAGAUCUCAUGCUAAUUCUAACUCUUCAAUCAAUAGUCGAAGUGAUUUACUAGUAAUCAUAUAA